AUGGAGUCUCACAAUUGUGGAUCUUGUGGUGAGAUAUUAACCGAUGGAGUUCGCUGCACAGUCUGUAGCCAAGACCUGCACUUUCACUGCGCGGGAAUCACUGAGGCUGGUUUUCGCAAGCUUGGGGACAGGAAGCUUUCAUGGCGCUGUGGUAAGUGUAAGCAGUCUGGUAUGAAUAGCACUCUAGCACCCUCUUCUCCGAGAAUUGAGCCAGAUUCCUUAGUACUGAAGGAAAUUAAAGCCCUAGCCGAGAAACUGGAACCGCUGGAAUCGCUGAGGGAUGAGGUCGUUAGACUGAGGAAGGAAUUCGCUGAGCUGAAGUCCGCAGUCGACGAUAACACCAAAGAAAUGAAAGCCUUCAACACUAGAAUAAGUCUCGUCGAAUCUCGUUUGGUGCAGGUUGAGAAGUCGCAGAGUCAGAUUGACCAAAUCAAAAUCAGGUUGGACCAAAUGGAACAAGAAAUGAAUUCUAGUGAGCAAUGGGCUAGGAUGAACAAUGUUGAAAUCAAAGGUGUUCCCCAAACGGCCAGAGAAAACUUGUUCGAUAUCCUAGCUAAAAUUGGUUCCAAAAUCGAGUAUCCUGUCACCAAGUCGCAGAUUAAUUUCAUUACCAGAGUGCCUACGCGGGAGAAAGACCGUACUAAGCCGAUUGUUGUGUGUUUUUGCAACCGGUACGUCAAGGAGGAUUUCAUUGCUGCGGCCAGACUUGUAUCCAAGAGUAAUCCUAUAACUGCCUCACUAAUUGGAUUCUCAGAAAAUCAUAGGAUUUACGUGAAUGACCACCUGACUGUGCACAAUAAAGUCUUCUGGCGAAGGCUAAGAAAGCGGCUGGUGAAAUGA